CAAGCAACCUGCAUGGAAGCAGAGAACCAUACAGCCAUAGUACAUUUCCUCCUUAUUGGCCUUUCAGAAGAUCCUAAAAUUCAAUCUAUUCUCUUUGGACUAUUCCUGUCCAUGUUCCUGGUUACCAUGCUUGGAAACUUUCUCAUUGUCUUACUCACCAGCUGUGACUCCCACCUUCACACCCCCAUGUACUUUUUCCUCUGUAACCUGUCAUUUGUUGACAUUUGUUUAACUUCCACUACCAUCCCUAAAAUGCUGGUGAACAUUUACAUGCACACCAUGGAAAUAUCCUACACAGAGUGCCUUACUCAAGUAUACUUUUUUAAUAAUUUUCUUGGAAUGGAUAAUUUUCUUCUGACCAUUAUGGCCUAUGAUCGUUUUGUGGCCAUCUGCCACCCACUUAACUACACAGUCAUCAUGAACCCUCGAAUCUGUGGCCUUCUGGUUCUUUUAUCUUGGAUCAUUAUGUUCUGGGUCUCCCUGAUUCAUAUGUUAUUGAUGAAACAACUGAACUUCUCUACUAGCACUGAAAUACCACAUUUCUUUUGUGAACUCACUGAGCUUCUCAGGGUGGCCCACUCUGAUACCCACAAAAAUAACAUUUUUUUGUAUUUGGUUACUGCAGUUCUAGGUAUGUUUCCUGUUAUUGGGAUAGCUUUCUCUUACUUUCACAUUGUCUCUGCCUUACUGAAAAUGUCUUCCAUUAGGAAUAAGUAUAAAGCCUUUUCCACUUGUGGGUCUCACCUUUGUGUGGUAUCCUUGUUCUAUGGGACAGGAUUUGUAGUUCAUCUCAGUUCUGUUGCAACCCAUUCAUCCAAGAGAAAUGCAAUCACUUCAAUAAUGUACACUGUUGUCACCCCUAUGUUGAAUCCCUUCAUCUACAGUUUGAGAAACAAGGAUGUAAAGGGGGCCUUGGUAAGACUCCUUAGAAGAGUUAAAUUUCAUCUUUGA